AUUCAAACCCCUCAUUUAAGCAAUCAAUUUCACCCACUAAUUUUGCUUUUGAUACUUUGAGAAUCUUGAUUGUUUAUUUUCAUCAAUUUUUACUAUGAUUUCCUCCCAUAAUAAUCUCAGAAAUUUUGUUUGUCCUUCUAAAUUUUAAAUUUUCUACGUAUACAGAAUCAUUUUUAUUGCUUAUAUCUUCUCAAUAUUCAAGAAUCCAAGAAUAAGUAAAUAUUCAAUAACUGUCAAUCAUAUUAUCAUUUUUAUUCCUAUAUUUAUUACCCAAAUCUUUCUUAAGGUCUAUUAGCAUCAGCAAUAUAGAAAAAUCAAAGAUUAAAUUUAAAAAAAAAAAAAAAUCAAAACCAUUUUCAUCUUCAGAAUCAUUCCCACAGGCUACAACAAUGGAACUAGCAGUGUUUAAUUUCUUUUUCCCUCUACUUUUCUUUCUCCCUUUCUUAUUUUCAGUUUCAGAAGCUACGGAAUUCCCAAAAACACAAGCAGAAAAGAUUAUUAGAGAGAUGAACUUGUUCCCUGAACUUGAUGUGAACAUUGUUGAAGAAGAUCCUGCAUUGACAGCACCAAAGAUGGUCGAAAAAAGUUUUAGAUUCCCCGGCUUAAGUAAUCCCGGAACCAGUGUUCAAGAUUUGGGUCACAGGGCUGGAUAUUAUAGACUUCCUCACACCAAAGGUGCAAGGAUGUUCUACUUUUUCUUUGAAUCAAGAAACAUGACGAGUACUGACCCGGUUGUCGUUUGGUUAACGGGAGGACCAGGAUGCAGUGGAUCGUUGGCCCUGUUUUAUGAAAAUGGCCCUUUCCACAUAACAGACAACUUGUCUCUUGUAUGGAAUGAUUUUGGUUGGGAUAAGGUCUCAAACAUUAUAUUUGUCGACCAACCAACUGGAACAGGUUUCAGUUAUACGUCUGACAAUAAUGACAUACGAGCGACUUCUGAGGGAGCUGCUGGGGAUUUCUACGACUUCCUGCAGGCAUUUUUCCAAGCGCACCCUCAGUAUGCAAAGAAUGACUUUUACAUCACCGGAGAAUCAUACGCUGGGCACUACAUUCCUGCUUUUGCUGCUCGGAUACAACAGGGAAACGAUAAUAAACAAGGGAUUCAUAUUAACAUGAAAGGAUUAGCUAUUGGUAAUGGAAUGACAGAUCCACAGAUCCAGUACAAAGCAUACACUGAUUAUGCUUUAAACAUGAAAUUGAUCACCCAAUCUGAUUAUGACAGCAUGAGUGAGUCAGUUUCUGAAUGUGUAGAGGCAAUAAAAAUCUGUGGCAGUAGUAAUGGUUCAUCGUCAGCGUGCUCCCAGGCUUAUGUUCAGUGCAAUGACAUUUUCAAUAAUAUACUUAACAUAGCUGGUGAUAUAAAUUACUAUGAUAUUCGAAAAACUUGUGUGGGUUCUCUGUGCUACGACUUCUCGAAUGUGGAAAAUUUUUUGAACCAGAAGCCAGUUAGACAAGCACUUGGCGUUGGAAAUAUAGAAUUUGUUUCAUGUAGUACUGUGGUGUUUGAUGCAAUGACAACGGAUGCGAUGAAGAAUUUCGAAGUUGGUGUUCCUGCUCUAUUAGAGAAUGGAGUCAAGUUACUUGUAUAUGCUGGGGAGUAUGAUCUCAUUUGCAACUGGCUUGGAAACUCAAGAUGGGUCGAUGCCAUGAUGUGGUCUGGACAGAAAGACUUUGUAUCCGCUCCUACCUUUCCAUUUAGCGUAGAUGGAGUGGAGGUAGGAUUACAGAAAAGCCACGGACAACUCACGUUCCUUAAGGUCAAUAAUGCUGGUCACAUGGUUCCUAUGGAUCAACCUAAAGCAUCACUAGAAAUGCUAAAGAGGUGGAUGCAAGGUAUAUCUCUGUGAAGAAAAGCAGCACAAACCCCAAAUUUGUAAUGAUUCAACACACUUCUGUUUUACAUGUAUUGAUUUUUUGAUUUAGAUUGUCUAAAUAAAAGUUUCAUCUAUUCAUGUUUA